AUGGGCGCCGUCGUCUCCUGCAUCCAGUCCAUCUUCCGCACAAUCGGCAAUGUCAUCAUGGCCAUUGUCCGCGCCAUCGGCGCCAUGUGCACCGCCAUCAUCAACGGCAUCGUCGCCCUCUUCGACAUCAUCAUCAGCUGCCUGACCUGCGGCCGUGGCGGCUCGCGGCGCCGCGGCGCAAAGACGCGCACCCACCACACUAGUAGAGUCUAG